GCUGUUAUCCGUUAGCGCUGUUGUUCUUCACUCAUCUGAGAUGUGGGCGUCUGAGUUUCUGCAUGUGUAUAAGUGUCUGUCUUAUCUGCGUCUCACUGAUCUGAUCGUCUCUUUAAUCAUCUUUAAUGUCCAGGACAUCAGGAGGUCACCUGACAGCGAGUCGGACGUUUGAGACUGAUCUGGAUCUCACGUGAAUCUGGACUCGUGCUCAUGUGUGCAGAUCUUCAUUAAAUCACGAUGACAGCGGCGCUUCAUCUCAGAGUCAUGCGGCCCGUCACAUCACUGCUGCUCGCCGUCUCCAUCACGCUCUCAUUGAACGUGUGGUUGGUGUGUGGUGAGUCUCCAGGAGUGUUUGGGGAUGAGUCUGCAGGUUACGGGCCUGUGUUUGAAGAUCAGCCCGUCGACACCAUCUAUCCUGAAGAAUCACCUGAGGAGAAAAUCACCAUGAGCUGCAGAGCGCGAGCAAAUCCACCCGCCACAUACAGAUGGAGAUUAAACAACACAGAUAUUGUGAUUCGUGACGGUGGUGACGAUCAUUACAGACUGAUGGGGGGAAACCUCAUCAUCACUGACCCCGACAGGAGCAAGCAUUCUGGGAAUUAUUCCUGUCUGGCAACCAAUGAGUUUGGCACAGUGAUCAGUCAGAGAGCUUCAGUUCAGUUCGGAUAUUUGGACAUGUUCUCCACAGAUGAGAGAGAGGCAGUGUAUGUGAAGGAGGGGCAGGGGGCGGUGCUACUGUGUGCUCCGCCCCCACAUUUCCCAGAAGAUCUGUCCUUCCGCUGGAUGCUCAAUGAGUUUCCAGAUUUCAUUCCAAUGGAAAAACGUCGUUUCGUGUCUCAGGCGACCGGAAACUUCUACAUCUCCACCGUCAGAGCGUCAGACAGCGGAAACUACUCGUGUUUCGUGUCGAGUCCGUCCAUCGCCAAGAGUGUCUUCAGUAAAUUCAUCCCGCUGGUGCCCAUCGCUGAACGUUCUCUGCGCAAAUAUCCCGCUGAUAUUAAAGUGAAAGCUCCAGACACACACACACUCAUCGGACAGAACAUCACGCUCGAGUGUUUCGCUCUGGGAAAUCCGAUCCCUCAGAUCCGCUGGAGGAAGGUGGAUGGUGAACUUCCUGUUCAUCGUCAUGACAUCAGUAUGGCAGGAAGUCUCCUUCAUCUGUAUGACGUUCAGUAUGAAGACGAGGGUUUGUACGAGUGUGAAGCUGAUAACUCCAAAGGAAAAGACUGGCACAAACUUCAUCUCAUCGUGGAGGGAGCUCCUGAAUGGAUGGAGAAGAUCACGAGUUCAGAGAGAGAUAUCAACAGUGAUUACAUCAUGUCCUGUCUCGCCAGCGGCAAACCCAAACCACACGUUCACAUCCUGAAGAACGGACGAACGGUCUCCAUGAAUCAUGAGAUUCGUUUGAAUCAGCUGUCGUUUGAUGAUUCGGGGAUGUAUCAGUGUAUCGCUGAGAACCGUCACGGGGUGAUUUACGCCAGCGCUGAACUCCGAGUGUUCGCUGGUGCUCCUUCAUUUGAGUUCAGCCCUGUGAAACCCAAAAUACUUGCAGCCAAAAACGGGCGAGUGAUGAUGGAGUGUAAACCACGAGCGGCGCCGCGUCCAAACAUCUCCUGGAGUAAAGGAACUGAACUCCUACACAAGUCCAGCAGGAUGUUCAUUUGGCCAGACGGGAGUUUAGAGAUUAUUAACGUCACUAAAUCAGAUGAAGGCACAUACACGUGUUUCGCUGAGAACGACAGAGGACGAGCGAACAGCACCGGUCACUGUCAUGUGUCUCUGUCUCUCUCAGACGCUACAAAGAUCACGCUCGCUCCGUCUAACGCUGAUGUCAGUGUCGGGCAGAGUGCCAGGAUGGAGUGCGCUGCGUCACAUGACCCGACCCUUGACCUCACCUUCAUCUGGUCACUCAACGCUCACGUCAUCGACUUUGACAAAGACAGAGAACAUUUCGAACACAAAAUGGAUAUAAAUCAGGACGGUCAGGCAGGGACGUCGAGCUGUGAGCUGGUGAUCAGAAACACACAGCUGAAACAUGCGGGUCGAUACACCUGUACAGCACAGACACCUGUAGACAACAUCACCACAUCUGCUGAGCUGGUGGUCAGAGGACCCCCAGGUCCUCCCGGAGGUGUGCGUGUGGAUGACGUAAUGAACAACAGUGUGAGAGUCACCUGGAGUCACGGGACGGAUAAUCUGAGUCCAAUCUCAACAUAUACUAUACAGUACAGAGACACCAGAACACAACACGACUGGAGAGAUGCCAAUACCUCUCCAGUGAUUGUGGAGGGAAAUACAGAAAUGGCGACUGUGGUGAAUCUCCAACCGUGGACUGAAUAUGAGUUUCGGGUCAUUGCUACAAACACUCUGGGUACAGGACCGCCCAGUGACCCGUCACCCAAGACAUUCACAAAACAAGCCAAGCCUGUGGUGGCCCCAUCAGACAUCAGUGGAGGAGGAGGAACCAGCAGAGAACUCACCAUCACAUGGACGCCAAAAGUUCAUUUAAUGUCUGAUUUGUGUGCAGCGGUCCAGCCGCAGUAUUAUUACGGCAGUAACUUCGGUUACAUCAUCGCGUUCAGACCUCAUAACGAGCACGAGUGGCUGAAGGUGACGGUCGCUGAUCCUCAGGCACAGAAAUACGUCCACAAAGACUCAAACAUCCCGCCGUCCACUAGGUUUGAGGUGAAGAUGAAAGCGUUUAAUAGUCAGGGUGAAGGACCGUACAGCGUCAGCGCCUUUAUUUACUCUGCACAGGACGUUCCAUCAGAUGCGCCCACAGUCGUGGAGGCGAGAACACUGUCAGCGACUGAAGCAAUCGUGUGGUGGAUCCCCGUCCAAUCACAGAAUAUUGAAGGAUAUCAGGUGCGUUACUGGUGUAGAUCCACAGAGAACGAGGCGUCUGCUCAGCGUGUUCUGGUGUCCGGUCGAGAGAAUCACACGCGUUUGGAGAACAUGAAACCUGAUUCUCAUUAUCUCAUCGAGGUGCGCGCGUACAACGGUGCUGGAUACGGACCCGCCGGCCAACGACACGAAAUCUACACCAAGAAACCCCCUCCUAACCGGCCACCCAAAAUAAUCGGCACAAAGAUGCACUCGAGCGGGACGUUGAUCAAUAUCGCGUGGGAGCACGUCAGAUCUCUGUCCAAUGAGUCGGCUGUUGUGGGUUAUAAGGUGCUGUACAGACCGGAGGAUCAAAGUAACACCAUUCUGUACACCACAGUGAAACAGUCCAUCGAUCUGCCCAUGAGGAAGGGUGAAUAUCUGGUGGAGGUGCGCGCUCACAGUGAGGGAGGAGACGGAGCCGUUGCACAAGUGCGCAUCACAGGUGGCGGCGUGCUGACGGUUCAGUCUCUCGCUGGCGUCUCUCUCAUCCUCACGCUGAUGUUCAGUUUGAUUCUCUGAAUGUAGAUUCAUCAGGAUUCACAGUGAAGAACUCUUACACAUGACGAGGCCUUCAGACGACACAAACACACAAAUAUUCCCAACCGGAAUACAAAAGACUUCCAGAAUUCCAGAAUGGAAAUGAACCUUCGGGACAAUGUCAGAGACUCAUGAGACGCGCUCUGAACUGAUCGAUAUGCCUUAUAACACCUGAAACUCUCAUCUAUACCGUCAGAACACUUGUGUUAAUGUGUGAGCACUGAUUGGUCGAGGAGGACGUGACACAGGAAGUGCUUGUGCGGUAACUCUUCUUCAAGUGCUCUAUAACAUUGUUAUAAAAGAUCAGCGCUUGACUGACUGAGAUUUGUUUUUAUGUCAUUUGUGAAUCAGUGGCUUCAUUUCCUGUUUCAGUACUGAAGCUCGUCCAUUGAUGAAUAUAAACAAACCGUCAAUCAACCAUUCAAGAAUUCAACUCUAUAAACAUUCUACAUCAUAAAAUGACAUCAUGCUAGAGUAUUAUAUAUGCAAUCAUUUAUAAGCUAUUUAAACUCUGUUUUUUUUCAUAUUAGCAUAUCUUAUAAAGGGAUUUUAAUUAGGAAUAUGAUUUUAAAGCCACAUCUGUGCGCAGUGAACCGAGUGCAUGUGAACAUCAGAUACUAAAUGUCAUUAAAUGAAAACAGACUUUUGUCUUUUUUGCGAUUAAUUGCCAGAAAAUGAGUAAUGCGUUGUAUUUGUCCGCUUUAGUCGUAUAUGCAGAGCUUUAGUAUAAUAGAUCCAGAUCAUGACGAAGAGACGUUGCAAAAGAACAAUGAUGGACUGAUUCGGAGUCAGUUUUACUGUUUGUUUAAGCAUCACACGAGUGUUUGAGCUGAUCUGGGGUCAGUGUUUAAGCCUGAGGUACAGUGGAAGAACAGACGUGAUGUAUAUUUAUAAAUGUUCCAUCAGACGUUGAAUCUGAACAUCAGCUCAAUGUUUUAACACAGACCAAUCAGCUGUGAGCUCCAGACUUCAGCAACAGAACAAUACAAAUACAAUUCUGCUUCAUAUUGAACCCAAAAUAAUGCUACGAAACCAAUUGAUCUGUUUUAAAAAUAACAAUAAAUACAAUUCAUAUUAAAUGAUCUUAUACAAUGAUUUAAAUAAUAGACCAGAAACAUCACAAGCUCCUGUAAGAUAGACAGCGAGUUUAUUUCUGAAAUAAUGACAUUUGUAGUGAAACCAUGGCAACCACAAUAUAUAUAUAUAUCUUAAACUAUAAGUUAUGUACAGUAAAUAUACUAUAUAGUUACUGUAAUAAAGCCAUGGUCAAUAUUGUGGUUAUGACUAUUUGCAAGCGAUUAUAAAUGUUAUUACCACAGUUUUGGGUUUUCCUGUAUUAUUACAUUCAUGGUUACAGUUCAAAUAUGGUUAUCCGUCAGUUUUGUGGUUACUCUGGUUCCCUUUCGAUUCAGUUCACUCAAUAUUGCCGUAAGCACUAUGAGGAAGUCCUUCUGGACGACCUUGUUAAACCCUUAGUCAAUCACAGCGAUCCUCUGAUUGGCUGUGGUGUCUGAGCCCCGCCCCUUCAGGCGGGCAGUUGGCCUAUAUGAGUGGGCGCUCAGUCACCACUUCUUCCGAAUUUUCUUCCUUCAAGCAGGGCUGGACUGGUAAUCUGGCAUACCAAGAAUUUUCCCGGUGGGCCAACACACUUUGGGGCCGAUCAGGGGCGGACUGGCCAUCGGGAGCGGGCCAAGCGGACUGGUAAGUCGGCCGCCGAUUGUGCCGCGAUGAGCUGAAAUGAGCCACCGCGUUAUGCAGAACAGACCACAAAAUUGCACCUCGAUAUGCAGAAAAGGACAGCUAAGGCCCCCAACAACUUUUGGCUCACCUCUCAACCCGCUCAACAUGUUUUGGGCCAGUUGCCAUGUAAAAUCCCAGGCCGAUUUCUCUUCCCAGUCCAGGCCUGCCUUAAAGACUAUGAACUUCAUCUUUGUCUUGGAGUACUUCUACUUUGCCGUCGACGGAACUUCUCAGCAAGACACGAACAGUACGACUCGUUACCUGUGCUCAGCGCCUGCACCGAAAGUCUUUCCGCUCCCCUGUGGCUUCCGGUGAAGAGUUCUCCACAUCACCAUUGGAGAUGCUCUUGGUGAACGUGUCCUUCGCUUAAGAUGCUCGUCGUUGGUCAACGCAGCGCUUCAGCGAUCUUCUACCUGCUUGAGAGCUACGUUCACUGCCUGGGCCAUGCCCACGCACAAGCAUCUCUCAUGGAGACCGACGGCCCCCACUGCGAGGGCAUGGAUCUCCAGACAUUGUGCUCUAGGAUCGACCUCGUUCUGAAGUAGAUCCAGCCUCUCAUGCUUCUGUGAAGUCCUGAGGGACCACAUGAGGAGGCAUGGAGAGGCAGUAAGGUUGAGCUAGAAGAAUUAGAUGAGGAGCUUGUGCUGGUGCAAGCCCUGCGCGCCCCCCAAACUUCCGAUCUAACGUCUUCGCCUGUGCAAUAUGCGCGUGAGGAGCUCCGGCCCUCUAUUAGUGUGCGUGGCCUCAUUACAUUUGCCGGCUCUGACGAUGGGAAUGAUGCUGUGACACUCGCAGCGUUCCCAUCAGUGAUGCUGCCAUCCUCAUUAAUGUGGACCACGCAGAGGAAAACGACGACUCAAAGCUUCCCCUGGCUGAACAGGCGGUCGCACCUCACCGCUGCCAUAAUCCCGCCCCGCCCCUCCAAGCCACAUCGACUGACGUCCGGACUUGCUGGAAGGCAAAUGGUGUGUCCUUACAGGACAUAUGUUUGGCACAGGAGCUUUUAUAACCUGGAAGUGGGGUCCAUCUUCUCACAAGUCCUCUCUGCAUAGAGCGCUUCUUACUUUGAAGCGGGUGAGCCCGAGCACAUGACUGUAAUCAACACAGCCGCCUAAUUAUAUGCUGUUGAACUGCCCCUUUAAAAGUCAUAAGUACUCCCAUAAGAAAUUAAACCUACUUUCCCAACCUUGUUGUGAGAGGGUUAAUAAUUCAUACUGUGCAUAUCUAUACCUAUAUAGAUCCCAGACUACAUUAGUUUCCACCUGGCAGCCGCCACGUGGGACUGUUCAUAUCUUUAAGAUGACUUAAGUCAUCGGCGGUGACUCCUCAUGAAUAUAUCUGUUAGUGAAUCGGUGACUGAGCGCCCGCUUAUACAGGCCAACUGUGCACCCGAUGGGCGCUGAAUAAGGGGAUUGGCGUGAUUGAAUAAGGGUUUAAACAAGAUCGACAAGACAGCCAGGGAUGGAUUACCAACCGGGCCAAUGGGGGCCUGUGCCCAGGGGCCCUUGACUGCCCGGGGGGGCCCUGGGAUUUAAGGUUGCAUGAUCCAAUUUGGCGAUUUCCCCCCACUCGAACACAUCAACCAUUCUAUUUCAGCAGAACUAUUUCAGAAAAUAAGUUCCCUCUCUGUCCUCUGUGGGGCUCAAUACGAGGUGUCUAUGACAUCACAAUGAGAAUGUCAAUGAUGUAACAGUGCUGACAGCUUCACUGAUUCAUCUGUUACAGAUACGGUGUAACUGUCACAAACAUUGUUUGAGUUUAUUGUCCAAAGAUCAAAUGAGGUCAUGAUCAAUGAGCACAAAACAACUGACUGUAUCGCUCAAAUCUGUGCCAUUAUCAGGUGAUUGUGUGAUGAAUGUUAAUAACUUAUCAAAACUUUAUUUGCAGAUUUUUGUUCUUUACAGCCGCUAAUAUUUGAACAUUUGUAGUCUGUCUGUAUUUGCACAAAUAAUUGAUUCAUCGUUUCCGUCCUGAUAUAAGUUCUGUAUGUUUAUUCUGGAUCAUUUAGAUUUAAUGUAUAUCAUCUGUUAACUCACGAGAGAUGAAUGUGUGUCCAGUGUGCUCGUUCUGCUCUUAACAGAUAUUUGAUUUGAUGAUGGAGGUUUAUUUUGGUUAUUGAUGCUUAUUGAUAGUUUGAGAUGUGUCUGUGUCAGGGGUGGGCUGGCCAUUGGGAGAACCGCGCGAUAAACGGCGAUAAGCUGAUAUGGGCCGCUGUGUUAUGCCGAACGGACCGCGACUGGCUGAAGAGGGCCACGAUAUGCAGAAAAGGACAGCGACAAACCCCCCGCCCCCCCCGCUCAACUUUAGCGCUGCAGUUAUUCAGAGGACAGUUGCAUGAUGGGAGGUGAAUGCUCAUUGGCUGUGUGUUGCUGGUGAAAGGUUAAAGGUCAAGUGAGAUCUUUCUCUAAGACAUUGUAGAUAAAGACUAACCUGUUAUUAUCUGCUUCAUUCAUCUCAGUCUUCUCUAUUAAACUUUAUAGAGACCAAUUCAACACUUCUUGUGUGUUUUUGUCAGUAUGAAUGAGGUGUCAUGUUUGGAAAUAAGAUGAAGUUAACCUUGUGCAACCCUGCGUCCACAUGUGUGGAUGUUGUAUUUUGGCUUCACUAGUUGCAACGCAUAAUUUAAAUAAAUUUAA